GAGGUGCCGCCGGGAAAGGGGCGCCGGUGGCCGAGGGCAUGCAGGGCCCCAGGCCUAACCUUGCAGUGGGGUGGCUGGCAAUGGGGUGCCCGCAGCCGCCCACCCUCGCCGGCCCCUUUCCCAGCACUGUCUGCACUGCACCUUACACCCUCCCGCCGGCCCCUCCCGCUCCCUCUUUCCGCCCUCGCCUUCGCGUUUCCUGCCUGGGCGGAGGAGGUUUGGCCCUGCGACGCCGCCGUCUCCCAGCGGCUGCAGCGAGCGUCAUGGCGGCGGCUUUCUCAAUGUCAGCGGCUCUGAAGCACCUUGUUGCGAGGAGCGGGGUCGCCGUGGCCCGCCUGUCGCCGGCCAGGUCACUGAGCACUUCCACAUGGCGGCUGGCACAGGACCAAACUCGAGACACGCAACUCAUCACAGUUGAUGAAAAAUUGGAUAUCACUGCUUUAACUGGUGUUCCAGAUGAGCACAUCAAAACCAGAAAAGUUCACAUUUUUGUUCCAGCGCGUAAUGCAAUGCAGGCAGGAGUUAACAAUACAAAGAAAUGGAAGAUGGAAUUUGAUAACAGAGAGCGCUGGGAGAACCCUUUAAUGGGCUGGGCAUCUACCGCUGAUCCUUUAUCCAACAUGGUUCUUACUUUCUCUACUAAAGAAGAUGCCAUUGCCUUUGCUGAAAAAAAUGGCUGGAGCUAUGAUGUUGAAGAGAAGAAGGUUCCAAAACCUAAAUUCAAGUCUUAUGGUGCAAACUUUUCUUGGAACAAGAGAACGAGGGUGUCUACAAAAUAGGUUGGCAUUGGCUGCCUGACUGCAAAUAAAGUCAGCUGUGCUGUAUUUAUAGUCCAUGUAUAAUACAUCUCUUAAUCUCCUAAUAAAUUUGACCUUUAAACUACA